GCCGAAAUCUGAUGAUCAUUUGCUUCGUACAAGACGAUACCCGGCUGCGCUACUUAACACAACAGUUCCCCAGCUGUAUCGAGAAUGUGUCUACGUGAUCAAUAUGCUGACUUCAGUCCUCCUUGCAGCAGGGCUCGCAGCUCAAGCAGUCGCUACUGCAAUUGAUAGCAGGAAGACCGUUCUAACGGCUGAAGCACAGACUCUGUUCGAUUACUCCAUGUUCGUACAGGACAAUCGAUACGAUGCAUCCUACAACUACAUAGCGUAUGGCGACAAGGGGUCGUGGUCGGUGCGGUUCACAGCAUGGUACCUAGCCGGAUUGCUCCACAGGAACGAGGGCGAUGACCUUGAGCACGCCAAAGCAGCCAUCAUGAACAUCAUCUCCGUGCAGAUGACAGAUGACUUUGACGCAGCCUGGUACGGGACGUACAAGCUUUCGCCUGACCAGCCUGACCCGACUCCGAACUCGACGUUGUACCCACCAAAGAUCUACGAGACCUACGAUCCGAACUGGCGCGAGUUCAUCGGCACCCAGUUUGUCCAAGUCGUGGAGGAAUUCGGUCAUCUCAUAGGUGCUGAUCUGGUGGCGCGCAUCGAAGAAUCCCUCGAAAUCGCCGCAGUAGGCGGUAUGCGCCGCAAUGGUACCUUUCCCGAGAACGACAACCUGACGCUGGGCUACAGCAACCCUGGGAUGAUGCGGGCACUCGUAGUCGGAUGGAUUGGCGCACGACGAAACAACUCCGAGUUCAUCGCCUUUGCAAACGAACAGGGCACGAAACUGCUUGAACUCUUCCAGCUCAACGGCGCAAAUACACUGUCAGAGUACAAUGCGCCAACAUACUACGGCAUCGAUUCAUGGGCUCUGGGCGCCCAGCUCAAGUACGGCCCCCGAGACCAAACAUUCACCACGAACGCAAAGACCAUUCUCGCCGAGCUCUGGCACGAUCUGGAAGAGCACUACAACGGCUACCUCGGCCAGAUGGUCGGCCCGUACGACCGCGCCUACACGCGCGACAUUGUCCAGCACUCAUCAAUCGUCUCCAUGUUCUUCUGGGGCAUGUUCGGGCACUCGCACGGCCCGCAGCCCCCCAAGCUGGACGGCGACCUGCUCUUCGACAUCGCGCAGGGCGCAGCCAUCGCCCUGGUCAUCGAUACCGUGAAAAGCAUCAUUCCCUCGGACGUCCAGGAAAAGCUACGAGGCACAUUUACUGGCCCAGACCGGCACCUGAACAAGACUAUCUACGACGAACUGGGUGGCGCACACCCGCGCAUCGCAACAUCGUGGAUGAGCCGCGAACUGAUGAUUGGCGGGCAGCAGCUCGCCGAGCAGAAGAACAGGGGCGAUCAGUUUGUGCCUGCGAUUGUGCACUGGGCGGGCGACAAGAGCCGCACGCCGUUCCCGCUGAGCACCUUCUUCUCGCUGUAUCCGAGCGCGAGCAGCAUCCACGCGGUUGCGGAGCCGAACAGGCUGACGGUUAGCUAUCCGAAUACGACGCAGGAGGGGAGCGAUAUCUUUACUUUUGCGCUGAGCAAUGUGCCGCCGAGCUGGACGCUGGGUGGGCAUGCAGUUACGGGGCUGGAUGGAGAGUUGCCAUGUGUUGAUAUCAAGGUUGAUGCGUCGGGCUUAGAGGCUCAACCUGUGACGUAUGGGAAGGCGUUGAGGAACCAUUUGUUCUACAACAUUUCGUAUGUGGUGCCCGGGGAUUUCGAAGGAACGCCGAGGGUGGUGCUCGACAUCAACUACACAUGCUGAGCGUGACACUGAGAGCUUGGAGCCAAUAUACUCGAGUAUA